AGUAAAAGACAGGAAAAAAUAACAACAACAAAAAAAGAAAAGUUAUCUUAACCUUCACCUAGUGGCAAUAAAGCAAAGCUCUGAAGUUCGGUAUUGACAGUCUCAGUUGUCAGUCCCCGAAUCCAAGCCUGCACACGAACCGCAUCAGAUCCCGAAACUAAGCCCGUUUCUCAGCAAAUCACAUCAGUAUCAAAACUAAAUGAACUCCAUCUCAUUUUAAACAUCACUCUCACGUAUUGAACAUCUCCUCUGUUUCUUUAGAAACAUCUUCUAACAUCAUGUUAGAUGCUGUUUUUUUUUUUUAAAUCAGGAAUGCAUUGAAGCCAGUAUUCAGUCUCUAACUAAAUGAGUUUUCUUUUGCGGGCAAACUUUACUGCUUUAACCACAAACGUAACAAAGUCUACUUGGAGGAACGUGCUUGGAAUAACGUCGGAAGAUGCCGGUAUUUAAAAUGGUUUUAAAUCACGCUGCUGGUGCUCACAACACUGAAAUGAGUAGUGUUAUGUUUCGUGGAGAAGACUGAACCUUAAAUCGUCUCCGUUAAAGCUGAUAGGAGCAAGAGAGAAGAACAAUGGAGCACGCGCGGCACGUGAAGAUAACGCCUACAGAAAGACAAGCAUCGUUAAAACGGGAUUUUCUGCAUAGCAACUUAAAAACCUGAUCCCGCCUUGAAGAAGAACGUGGAACUCCCAGUGAAAAACUAGUUAGAAGAGUAACACCCAUGUCUUGAAAAAAGAAACCGUUUUGUGUGACGGACUUGUUCAGAGAUUUUGAGCUGUAUAUCAAAGGAACUUCUCAAGUACUGACUCUUUAAAGUGCUGCUCAUGGCGAUCAACGAUUCAUUAGAGGUUAUAGUUUUGGUAGAAGAAAACGUGACAUUUCCUCAUCCCCUAUAUGAUGUAAAUAUUACAGAUGGCCGUGCAGCCGAUGAUGUUCUUCUUCUGAUCGUAAAGGGAACUCUUUUAGCCCUGUUCAUCCUGUUGACCGUGUGUGGUAACAUGCUGGUGCUGAUGGCCGUCUUCAUCUUUUCCCAUUUACGCACUGCUACCAACUACUUUAUAGUUAACCUGGCCUUAGCGGACCUCUUGCUAGGACUAACCGUCCUUCCAUUUUCGGCAUCCCUGGAGCUUCUGAAGCAGUGGCAUUUUGGGGAAGAGUUUUGCACAGUGUGGGCUGCCACGGACGUUCUGUGUUGUACGGCAUCUAUUGUUAGUCUGUGUGUUAUCAGUACAGAGCGUUAUAUCGGUGUUACUCAGCCACUUACCUACUCCAGCAUCGUGACGAGGAGAAGAGCCAUUGUUGCCUGCUUCGCUGUGUGGGCCUUGUCCUUGUCUAUCUCUGUAGGACCUCUAUUAGGAUGGCGAGAGCCCCCUCCGUCAGAUCCCGUAAUUUGCGAAGUCAAUAAAGACAAAGAUUACGUGCUUUUCUCAGUGGUAUUUUCCUUCUAUAUUCCACUUACUAUCAUUCUUAUCCUCUACUUCAAAAUCUACAAGGCUGCAGCGAAACAAACCAAGUUUUUAGAAACCGGAGUGCGGCGGGUCCGUUCAUCUGGAAACAACAGCUCAGAAGAAAUUACACUCAGAGUGCACACGGGCACCCAGUACGCUGCGACGUCGUUACAAUCCAGAAGGCUGACAGACGACUACGGAGACUGUAUCUCUCAACGCCAUUUGGUCGGAGGUCAUCAAGGACGUCUGGGAAAAUUCAGACGACAGAAAAAAGCAGCCAAGACGUUGGGAAUCGUCGUAGGUGUCUUCAUUUUGUGUUGGUUCCCUUUUUUCUUCCUGCUACCUUUGAGCGCCCUCUGUGAACAGUGCCAAGUUCCCAAGCUUCUCUUCGACACUGUCUUCUGGAUCGGGUAUUUUAACAGCUGUUUAAACCCGAUUAUUUAUGCGCGAUCAAGCCGAGAUUUCCAGCGGGCCUUCGGGGACAUCCUGCAGUGCCGGUGGACUCGGCAAACUCGGAGUGAUGACAGGAGGUAUACUAAGAAUACGGUUAUUCUGACUUUAAGAACCAGUCGUCCUGCGGAGAACGGCAGGAAUUCGGACUCUGAUCCUCCUGUUACUCAUAGUACCAGUAGGCCUAGUUCCAGGAAGACUUCCGAGAGUCUGUCUUGAACGCGGUCAAAAACUGUUACCAAUAUUUCGCUUGGAGCAGUAGUAAUAAACUCCUUAAUAUCAUUCUUAAUUCUCAGUCAAACGUUGAAUAAAAUUGUUUCCGAUUUUAGUUUCAAUAUGCGACAGUAAGAACAACAACAACAACAAAAAAACAACGUUUCGAAACUACGUUCCAAAAGUUUUAACCAAACUUCUGUUCCAAACUCUCGUUAAAUGUUCCAUCUCGGGAAAUAUUUGCCAACGUUUCUUCUGAAAGACAACCUUUAACGAAAUUCACAGAACGUUCAAUUAAUUAUAUCCUGGUGAUUAAAUACGCCGUUUUAUGGCGAACAAGAACAGGUUGUAUUUUAGGCUUAGAGACGAAGCCUUGUAGUGUAUGAACGCAGACGUUGGUGACAGUUGUUGCUUGUUUUUAUUUUAGAUCUACGAAGAAACUUGAUUAAAUCAACAUAAUUUAAACCACUCACAGAAAAUUUAUGUUAAGGCUUAGAGUUUUUAGGGUUUGCUCUGAAUCAAUUUGUCUUUUAUUACAAGUACAGUUAAUUGUAAGUUAGGAGAUGCACUAAACACAAAGACAAAUUCAUAAAAUCACCACUAGGGUGUGCAUGUGAACGUAGUAUGCUCAGUUGGUGUGAUACUGUUGAUAAUUAUAUCACAAGGUCGUCAAUGUCACAGUUGGUAAUGAUAUCACUAGGUCGUCAAUCUCACAGUUGAUAAUGAUAUCACUCGGUCGUCAAUCUCACAGUUGGUAAUGAUAUCACUAGGUCGUCAAUCUCACAGUUGGUGUGAUACAGUUGGUAAUGAUAUCACUAGGUCGUCAAUCUCACAGUUGGUAACGAUAUCACAAGGUCGUCAAUCUAAUAGUUGAUAAUGAUAUCACUAGGUCGUCAAUCUCACAAUUGGUGUGAUAUAGUUGAUAAUGAUAUCACUAGGUCGUCAAUCUCACAGUUGAUAAUGAUAUCACUAGGUCGUCAAUCUCACAGUUGAUAAUGAUAUCACUAGGUCGUCAAUCUCACAGUUGAUAAUGAUAUCACUCGGUCGUCAAUCUCACAGUUGGUAAUGAUAUCACUAGGUCGUCAAUCUCACAGUUGAUGUGAUAUAGUUGAUAAUGAUAUCACUAGGUCGUCAAUCUCACAGUUGGUAACGAUAUCACAAGGUCGUAAAUCUCACAGUUGGUAAUGAUAUCACUAGGUCGUCAAUCUCACAAUUGGUGUGAUAGAGUUGAUAAUGAUAUCACUAGGUCGUCAAUCUCACAGUUGGUAAUCAUAUCACAAGGUCGUCAAUCUCACAGUUGGUUAGUAAUGAUAUCACUAGGUCGUCAAUCUCACAGUUGGUAAUGAUAUCACUAGGUCGUCAAUCUCACAGUUGGUAAUGAUAUCACUAGGUCGUCAAUUUCACAGUUGGUAAUGAUAUCACAAGGUCGUCAAUCUAAUAGUUGGUAAUGAUAUCACAAGGUCGUCAAUCUCACAAUUGGUGUGAUAGAGUUGAUAAUGAUAUCACUAGGUCGUCAAUCUCACAGUUGGUCAUGUUAAAACUGUUGACGAUACCGUUAGUUGCUAUGGUAAACUUGGUAAAUCUACCUUUAAGAGUUUCGUGUGUAACAGAUGAAGUAAACUGAAUCCUUCAGUGGAAUACGACGAUUACUCAAAUUAGAUAUUUGAAGAAGUUUUAAAAACCUUUGAAUUUUGCUUAGACUUUUAUUUCGGUAGACAAUUUCCUGUUUUAAAGCUAGUUUUACAUGUAAUACGUAAAGUGACGUCAGCAAACUGCUUCCCCAGGACAGUCUAACCCUUCCCACGAAUACUGGCCGAAGUUCAGCCAGAUUAGAAUAAAACAUAUAUUAUUAGCCUGUAUAUGUUCUCUUUAGUUGCAGAGUACAGGUUAAUAAACUAGAUGCUUCCAGCAUUCUUUACGUAAAAUGUUUAAAUAUAUCGAGGUUAUUGUUAUCUUUGCAGACGUUUCAAGAACUUUAAUUUAUCAUUUGUGAACCGAAUGUGACUUGUAUGCUAAUUCUAUAGAUUUUCUGUCUCGUGCUGCUUUUUAAUAAA